UCAUAUUUUGGUCAGACACCAGGAAGUGGGGAAGAAGGCGAAGACCGAAACCCGAGUUGCGCCGACAGGUUUUGCUUUGUUUUACUUCUUUUUUUGCGGACUUCUCCGUGAGGAUUCGGUUGUGUAGUCGUUGCGGUCUCGAGGACUCGCCCGCAGAUGCCGAACAUGGAGAAAAAUCUCUUCAAUUUAAAGAUGGCCGCCAAAGAACUCCAAAGAAAUUCCAAGAAAUGUGACAAAGAGGAGAAAAUUGAGAAGGCUAAAGUCAAGAAAGCCAUCCAGAAGGGCAACACGGACGUGGCGAGGAUCCAUGCCGAGAACGCCAUCAGACAGAAGAACCAGUCUGUGAACUUCCUGAGGAUGAGCGCUCGGGUAGACGCAGUGGCAGCGAGGGUCCAAACUGCCGUCACGAUGAACCAGGUCACAAAAUCGAUGGCUGGAGUGGUGAAAGGCAUGGACUCCACGCUUAGGUCUAUGAAUCUGGAAAAGAUUUCAGCUCUUAUGGACAAAUUUGAGCACCAGUUUGAAACUCUGGAUGUUCAGACAGCGCAUAUGGAGGACACCAUGAGCAGCUCAACAACACUCACAACACCACAGAAUCAAGUGGACUCGUUGCUGCAUGAAAUGGCCGAUGAAGCAGGAUUGGACCUGAACAUGGAGCUCCCUCAGGGCCAGACAGGAUCAGUGGGUACCAGCGUGGCCUCUGCAGAACAGGAUGAACUGUCUCAAAGACUCGCCAAACUCCGAGAUCAAAUGUAAAGGAUGACUGCAGUGGACUUCAGAUGUGGAGCUCUAGAUGUGUACACUACCUGAAUAUUACUCCCAAAUACCUUUUUUAUGUACAUCGAGUCUUUUCUCCUCUUUUCAUCUCGCGUGUCUGUCGAGAAGCUACUGUAUCAUGUUUUUGUUUGUUUCUGCAGAUAAUGGCCCCUGUUGGUUCUGAGUUAAUAAUAACCUUUGGAUACCUUUAAUGUAAAGUAACAGAGAUGCUGGUUGUGAAAAAAUUAUAUAUUUCUCAAAUAUACAUAUUUACCCAUGAGGAAGAUCAGCUUUAUUGUUUAAUAUGUAUACUUAAGAACUACGUAUAUUGUUUAAAAACAUGAAGCGUGACAGUUAUUACUGUGUGUUUAUAGGCAGAUUUCACAUACUCAUGGUGAAUACGCUUAAGGUUUUGGGCUAUAGAAUUAAAUUGUUGGUUCAUACUGCAGAAAACAUGCAUUUUCUCUUGGUAUCAAAGAGUUAAAGACCUUCCCCCUUUACUGUUGGGUUGAUUUGAUGUAUCGGAUGUUAAGUCCGUGUGUUUGUCUGGUCAUCUUCAGGAUUUUCACUGAUCAUUUGGGAAGGGGUUACAUACAGUGAGUAUGAAAUAAAAUUUUAUAAUAC